AUGUCCUGCUCAGCGCCUCUGUCUUUUAUAUUUUGGAACAAAAAUAGCCCUGAAAUCGUUCAUAACAUCUUAUGCAUUGCUCUUGACACCGAUUUAUUCUGCACUGGGAGCGAAACUGGAGAAAUAAUCAUAUGAAAAUUGCAUGAUGACCAAUACAAAGCUGACAUAGUUUGCACAAUUUCAAAAGAAAUGGAAUGCCGUGCCUUGGCUUUUGCAAGGCCUCCUUAUCCUGAACUAGUAAGUUGUGAGAAAUGGAUUAUAUCGCUUCAUUCUGAUCAUAAAAUAAGAAAUUGAGAUUCUGAGGAUGGGAGAUGCAUGAGCGCUUCACAAAGUUCGUUACUUCCAGACGCCACAAGGCUUGAUAAACUGAUAGUGAUUCAAAACCGAAUAGCUGCGAUUUCAGGAGAAAUCUGCGAAAUUUUUCUGAUUGAUUUGUGAAGUAUGUGCAAAGUCUGUUGUUUUGUUAUGAAAAGUCCAUUAGUAUGAAUUAAAAUAGAAUCAGACGGAAACUCGAGCCAGUUAAUGGGGCUCAGCAAUAGAAAUGAGAUAUCGUUUUGAAGUAUCCCAGAUCUCAAAAAUUUUUGCUUUGAAAAAACAGAAAUUUUGAAAAUUAACACUGAUUCUUAUUUUACGUUAGCCUUAGAUGAAGCAGAAAGCGCGAAAAAAUUUAGCUGCAGCAAAGAUGGCUCACUUAUUGCAGUUGUUUUUGAAAAUAAAUUAGAAAUUUAUCACUCAUCUUGAUUUAAAAUUUUAGAUAGAGACAAAGCUAUAUUAAAUACUGCUGAAACCAUUAUUUUUGCUGAAUUUUAUGAAGAAUUUUUAUAUAUAGUGAUAGAAAGUGACAAAAUUAUGAGAUACCCAAUUGAAAGAAUACUUGAUGAAAUAGGCAUAAAUGAUGGGGGAGAGGAUUAUAUUCCAGCUUUAUUGAAAGCAAUAAGCAUGGAAGAUGGAAGGGUCUUUCAUCUUGAUGAUAUUGAACUUGUAGUAGCAAAGACUGGCACUCCGCUGUAUAAUGCACAAAGCCUUAAUAACAAGUUGUUUUCCACAUGGAAAAACUGCAUUUUUUUGCAUGAUUUAAGUAAAAUUAGAAAUGAAGAGCUCCUACCAUCAGAAACUAUGAAAUUUUCAUUCAAAAUGACAGAUUUUGGGCAUUUUGCAGAUAAAAGGCUGCAUCAUUUAUUUAAAAUUGGAGAAACUAUUGCUGUCUCUAACGUAGUGCUCUGCGAUUCAUGGCCUUAUUUUGUAGUAGGGACUACUUCAGGAAAAAUUUUCGUUUGCCCUUUUCACCCUUUGCAGCCGGUGCGAACUUAUCUUUACCACAAAACAGAAAUUACGUGCAUUCACCUUGCCAAAGGAAAGCUAAUUACUUGCAGUACUGAUAAUGUAAUGUGUCUUUGAGAAUUUUCUAAUGAGGAGUAUAAUGAUUUUCUUCUCCCUAGCCCAAGAAGACCAGAAGUUUCAGCUUUAAAGAGGACGUAUUCAACUAUUAAUGGAUCUCAUGCAAUUCUUGACAAAUCCGAAGUAAAUAAGCACGAGCCGCUUUCAGUAAUUGAUUUAUAUGGUAGCCCUGUUAAGUAUGUGAUUGGUGUUAGCUGUAUCGAAGAUACUGUAGAAAGUAUCAAUGAACAAUUUUGGGAACAUUCAUGGAAAAACUGGGAAAAAACUUUGCUAGCACAGUGUGAAGAUGGGUCUAUUGUUUUGAUUUCAAUGAUAACAAAUAGUGUUAUUUGCUACUUUCAAGCUUUGCAUUCUAAAAUUAUCGAAGCUAAAGUUCAUGUUCUUUUAGAAUAUUUGGUGGUUGCUUGUGAAGAUGGUUAUGUUUACGUUUAUAAUAUGAUUAUCCAAGCACUUGAGCGAGUCAUGUCAGGAUUUGGAUCUUGCAUGCUUUUAAGAAAGCCACUUCGAAAAAGAAUUGAAAGCGAGGUUGUAGAUCAGCAUGAAAAUAAUGACUUUCUAGUUGAUGCGCUACAAUUUAAUUUAAGGCAGCAAUUUAUUCCAUAUUAUAAGCCAGCGUUAUAUGUGGAUAGUGUUAUUAUUGGCAGCUGUGAGUUUCCUGUGCUGCAUUUAAAUGGACAAGGGAUUGCUCAUGCCAUCCGAAACAUCGACAAUCCAGGUGGAUGCUUAGAGCACGUCCUCAGCUUGCUGACAUGUUGGCAUUCUACAUGCAAAUUUCACAUGUCAGUAGUUUCAGAAUUAAGAAAUUGCUUUGAAUUGAUUGAGCCUGCAGUUAAUGGAUACUUAGGGAUCGUUGGAAUUGAUAACUCUCUUUCAUUUAUAUUACCUCAGCCAAAAGAUAAAUAUGGUAUUUCACCUUAUUGCUCUGCAGCGCUGAAUUUAUCACUUUUUAACAUUAUUGAAUCCCUUAAGCCCAUUAAAAGAAAAGUUAAACAAAAGUUAUACCAGCUUACGCACGCGAAUUAUUCUCCACAUCUAGCUAAUUAUAAGUAUCCGGAUUUAUCGGUUCUUGGGCUGAUGGCAGUUUCUGGAAAUAAAAUAGCUGUCGCUCUUAUGCAGACAAAUCUACCCCUUAUUCCAAAACGAAAUAAAAAAAGAGUUUUCAUUGCUGCCUCAAGCUUGCUAAAUAUAAAGCAGCCUGGGAGCCGUAAAAAUAGUUUUCAAGACUCGUUUAUAUCAAUCAAUAAAGAGUCUUGUAUCCCUUCAGGAACAAUUCAAGCAUUAUCUUCUUUGCUUCUAGGCUACCUGUCAUUGGAAUCAAAACACAUUAAAGACAAAGAUGUCAAUGGACUUGUAGUGUCCUUAAAGAGUAUGCUGAAAUCUGGGCAAAAAAAUUAUUUUAUCUUGGCAGCUGAUAUAAUUGGAAAAUGCAUGAAAGUUUUAAGAACAGUGUUAAAUCUGAGCCAAGUCAAAGAGUUUAUUUGCGAAAUCUUGCUUUGCAGCUGCAGAGAGUCUGAUUUAAAUAAACUUUAUUACAAAUCACUUAUAUCCAUUGCAAUUUGAGACAUGAACCUCUUUUUGGAAUUCAUUGCUGAUGAAAUUCUUGACACAGAAAAGCACAAAUGCUACCCUCUUUCUUGCUUAAUUGCAUUGCAGGUGCUUAUUAAUAAAAAAUAUGAGGAAAUCCCAGUUUACAUGACUUAUAUCGUUGAGCUUGUGCUUAAAACGCUAGAUCCUCAUAAUGUACAAAUAAGAAAAUUAUGCAUUGAAAAAGCAGGCGAAGUUUUGCAGCAGAUGGUCUUGAAAUUGCCAAUGGUGGCUUUUUCUCAAGAAAAACAAAGAUUAGCAGUAGGGACUUUAAGCAACCUGAUAAUAAUUUAUGACUUAAAAACAGCAACAAGAUUAAAAAUUCUCGAAGGUCAUGAUGGCCCUAUUUGUGCAGUUCAUUUUACUCCCCCCUUUAAAAUGGAACAAAAAAUCCUGUUUCAAUUUAAAGGGUUAAUUUUUUUUGAAUUUUUCCUUAUAAAAAAUUUUUAAAAUCUUAAAAAAUAUGGAUUGAGGAAAACUGUUUAAAUAGCAUUUUAUCUAUUAAAUUGGGUCAAAAAUAAUUAUAAAAAUUAGUAUUUUUAUCUAUAAAUUUUUACUACUGAAAAACAAAUUUUGUUCAAUUUAAAGGGGGCUACUGCUAAAAAAUGCAAUUUUUCGGGAUUUUUUGUUUCAAUUUAAAAGGGGGAGUUAGUAAAUGCGGAACUCGGUUAGUCUCUUACUCCUCUGAUGACCAAUCACUUAGGAUUUGAAAAUUGGAUGCAGGCUUUUUUGGAGGAUUUAUUAAUUCCAUGAAUUUAAAGCCUUUUAAAACACUACAGCUGCCAGAAGUGCAGAGGGCAGGGAAAAAAUAUAGAGAUAUUCUAGACACUGUCAGUGUUAUGUGAAGUAUGAAUUCUCGUGCAAUACUCUUAAUGAGGGAAGACGGGAAAGACUACUCUUAUUUGAUAGAUUAG